GCCAGCCAGCCAGCCAGUGAUAUCAAGGCAGUUGUCGUGAAUGAGCUGCGAGUCUUGGGUCUUGAAUGUCCAACCAAGUCCAUUCGAUCAAGAUGGCUGGCUGGAGGGCUUAAUUGAGGCAUUGAAGACACCAAAGCAACAAUUCCAUUGAUCGGGCCAAGGAGAGCUCUGUGAGUUGGACAAGUGCUCAAUUGCUUGGCGGACCCGUCCUUUUGGGGACCCGGAAAGCCAGAAAGCCAGGCCUUGACCCAGGCGUACACUCAUCCCGGCCGAGGUGCUGGAGCCCACCAUGGCCAGCGCCACCCAUCCCUUGGCCUCGGCCUCAACCGCCGGCCCACAUACCACCUCGGCUUCCGCCGUGGCCCUGCCCGCUUCGUCGUCGGGCUUGUCGGGCUUGUCCGGCUUGACGAGUGGCGGGACCACCCCAGGUGGGCUCACGGGUGGCGUGGCGGGUGGCUCUGCGGUGGUUUCGUCAUCGGGCUCGUCGUCGGGUUUCGGCUUGGAGGAGAUUGGGAUUCCAGGGCGCGACUAUCUGAAGGAAGCCCUGACUUCGUGCACCGACCCGCUCAAGGCCAUCGAGGACUUCCAGAUCGAAAACGGCAUCCUGUUGCCCUCGCUGCGACCCAUGCUGCCCAUGCUGGACCUCCACGGGAUCAAACGCUUGGACUUUCACAACUCCGUGUUGGAGGAUCUUCGCGAGCGGCUUAUUCAACAAAUCACGGGCCCCACGGCUCAAUCCGGCAUCAGUGCCAAAGAGCGAGAACGGAAACUCAAAGAGCUCUUGGUCAAGUCGUUUCCCGUCAUCAAGAUCAAGUCCUUGCGACCCGUGGUCAUGAGCGUUUUGAAGCAGAUGAGCUUUAUCGAGGAUCGAUAUCUCAAGGUCCUGGUCCGUGACAAAGAGCUCUACGAAGACUGCGAUAUCGUGAUUAAGCGCCAUCUUUGGCGCGACAAUCAGUCCCUGUUUGGCGACGAAGUUUCGCCUCAUCUAAGUAAUUACAUUCGCGACAAAGAAGCUCUCCUUUAUCGCCACGAGGCGCCCAAUGCCUUCUUCGCCCUCUCGCCUAAGGCCCGCCGCCAACUCGAGGUGAUUCAGCGAUUGGCCGAUAUGAUUGGCAACAAUGUCAAGCUCUACGACAUGACGCUUCAAUUCUUGCGCACCCUCUUCCUCCGUACGCGGAACGUGCAUUAUUGUACGUUACGCGCCGAACUUUUGAUGGCGCUUCACGACCUCGAAGUCCAGGAUAUCGUGUCCGUGGAUCCGUGCCAUAACUUUACCUGGUGUCUCGACGCCUGCAUCCGAGAACGGAACGUGGACGUCAAGAAGUCGCGCGAGCUUCAGGGCAUCCUGGACGCCAUUCGCCGUGGACAGGAACAAGUCUUGGGUGACCUGUCUAUGACCUUAUGUGACCCGUUCGCCAUUCACUUCUUGGCCGCCUCGGCUCUCAAGAUUUUAAACCAUCAGGUCGAGCGUGAGGGUAUGCCGCGUGAUAACACCAUCCUCCACCUCCUUCUUCGAAUGCUGUUCUUGGGCCUGUCGGCCUGGGAAAUGAUCGAGACUCAAGAAUUUGCCGAGCCCAAGUUGGAUCCGAAGUUGGUGACCAAGUUCAUUCCUGCGCUCAUGUCACUCAUCGUGGACGAUCAAGUGCGGGCUCAGAAUAAUAAGCUACCACUUGAGGACCGAGCCACAGCUCAAAUUGUUAUUGAACAUUCGGGCCCUCCCCCAGAGUCGUAUCAGAACUUCAUUGGCAGUUCCCUGGUGGCCACGACCUUAGCUAUGCAUUACACUUUGCAAACAGCUCGUGCCAAAGAUGCCACGGGCCUGAAACGAGUUUUAGGAUUCUUGGCCAACGUUGUUCAUAUGCAUCCUUACGAAGACACAUUUAUGCAUAGCUUGGUGACCAACCUCAUCCUGAUGAGAGAUGAUUUUGACGCUCAAGAUUUUUGUACAUGUGUUUUUGAUGAGUUCUUUUUCACAUCGAUUAACCAUGACAACUUUGUUCGACAUCUCAUGAGACUUCUUUGGUUCGUGUACACCAAAGUGAAUGGCACUAGGCUUGAAAAUAUCAUGAAGUUAACCGAACCCGCAGCAUAUGGAACCCCUGAGGCGACGAAGGAUCCCAUGACUCAAGAGUAUUCAGCCCUGAAAGAAAGAAUUGAUGCACAUCUAAAGGCUUUGGCUUCUAGCCGAGCCAAUGAGGAGGGAAAGGCCGAUCAAGUUCUGGAGAACGUCUAACUCUCAUCCGGCCUUCGAUCCCAAGUUGAAGCAGCUUGUAGCCAGAAUGCAGUGAAAUUUCUUUUUUCUAUUUUGGUUAUGAUGGAUUCUUUUCAUGGUACAAAUUACUUAGAUUGAACUUCUGAGACGCGAGCUCAGUCUCUUUUCUAAGAGAACUCUGCGCAAAUGAUAUCCGUGCAUGAGGGCGACUAGACCAGCAUUCAGUGAUGAACAAACAGUAUCAUUCAUUACUCAUGAACAUUUCCCUUGACAUUAGUAGUCAUGAAGUGGCCUUUACUAGCUGGCAAAUAAAAGUGGUUCGAGUGUUUUACCUAUAAAUGA